UCAAACUUCUGUGGUAGAAUUUGAUAUUGAAAUUUUGGGUUUUUCCUUAAAAUAUAAAGAAACUAGAAAUAUUUUUAGAUAGGGGAAUGGCUGCAGAAAUAAAACCGGCAGCACCACCAAACGAUAAAUUUUGUACAACGAAAAAACCAAUACUAUUAGCAAAGCUAGAUGGUUGCAGUGAUGAAAUAAAUGCCGCCGUCCUUAUUCCAGGAGAGGAUGGUGUUAUUAGUGUGUCCGAUGAUAAAACUGUUAGAGUCUGCUUAAAGAGGGAUUCUGGUCAAUAUUGGCCUAGCAUUUGUCAGUACAUGCCUAGCGGAACCACGUCUAUUUACUACACAGUUGAAACAAGACAACUUUUUAUUGGUCAAGAAAAUGGGACUGUAUCUGAGUUUUCAUUGGCAUUUGAUUUUAACAGGAUGAUGCCUAUUAGAGAAUAUUUAGCUCAUCAAGCUCGUGUAACUGAAAUUAUAUUUUCAAUAAACUGCGAGUGGGUUUUAAGUGUUGGAAGAGACAAAGUAUUUUCUUAUAAUUGUACUCAGACUGGAAGAAAUAUUGGCACAUAUAAUGCCGAAGCUUGGUGCACCUCAUUGCAAUUUGAUGCGCAAACUAAACAUGCUUUCAUUGGGGAUUAUUCAGGACAGAUCACAAUGCUUAAAUUAGAUAACAAUGGACUGACUGUUAUAACCACUCUCAAGGGCCAUUCUGGUUCAAUUCGGUCCCUUGCCUGGGAAAGUGAUAGACAAAGGCUGUAUAGUGCUUCUUUUGAUCACAGUGUAAUAGUUUGGGACAUUGGCGGACGACAGGGGCAUGCUUAUGAAUUGCAAGGUCAUCAUAAUAAGGUUUCGGCUCUCCAUUAUUCUCAAUCCACAAAGCAACUAAUUAGUGCUGGAGAAGAUGGUGUGCUGGUUUUUUGGGAUAUGGUACAACCACGACAAGAAACUCCAGAUUGGAUUGAGUCUGACGUGUGCCAAUUGUGUAAAAGGCCGUUUUUUUGGAAUUUAAGAGGUAUGAUGGAUCAGAGACAGCUUGGUUUGAGACAGCAUCAUUGCCGUCAUUGUGGCAAAGCAAUAUGUGAGAGAUGUUCAAUGGGAAGGCUGACUAUUCCGUCAAUGGGUUUUGAAUUUGCCAUAAGAGUUUGUGAUCCAUGUCAUCAUUUCUUAAAGGAAAAAGAUCGACCAUCGCUUGCAACUUUUCAUGAUGCAAAGCAUAGCAUACUUGCGAUGAGUGUAGAUGAAACCACUAAGAAACUUGCAACAGUUGGUCAGGAUCGGGUAAUAAAAAUUUGGGAUGUUUCAGUAUUGCUAUGAGCGUGGUCUGUUCUAAAUACUAAAAAAAUUGUGAUUCAUUGUAUAAUCGUGCUAUAGUUAAUUUAAUCCAACUAUAGUUAAUUGCGCUGGUGCAUUUGGAUCAGCAGUCAUUUUGUUUUUGAGCAUUUAGGUGUCUUGCUGAAGCAUUAACAUCCAAUUGCUCUAGACUAGUCCCGAGUUAUUUUUUGCUUGGUUUAAUUAUAUAAAUAAAACUUUAAGUUUCUUUCUAAUUAAUAACGAAGUGACUGUAGAAAUUUAUCCUCAAAAGUUGUAUUUAUAUUGUAUAGGUUAUGUUUACAAACAUGUAUAUUAUUAUUAUUAUAAUUUUUAAAAUGACAACU